CUCUGCUGGGACCGCACCAUCCGAACCAGGAAACCAGGCGGCAGGUGAACUUACUUGGAAUUGAAGCGCAACUGUCACGCAGGUUGUCGGGGUAUGGAGGAGAGCAGUGCAGUUGGAGGACCUGGUUCAGAUGCAGGAGUGAAACGGGGGUACUUUUAUUGAUUAACUACAAGCCAAGAGCGGAAGUUGUUUGACUAAAACACCCGGAGAGGACCGGAGAGCGUUCAUUUGUCGGGUGGCAACGUGGAGAGAGGACUGUCUCGGAGUUUGCACCCGUAAUUAAAAGGCACUUUGGCGGAUAGGUGAAAUGAGCAGUGAGCUGAAUGUGCCUAUGGGUUCUCCAGCAGAGCAUGCCCCAGACAACAGUGGGAUGGACUACAGGGACUGGGUGCGACGUAGUUACCUGGAGUUGGUCAGCUCCAACCACCACUCAGUGCAGGCACUGUCAUGGAGGAAACUCUAUCUGAGCCGUGCCAAGCUGAAGGCCUCCAGCAGGACCUCUGCACUGUUGUCUGGCUUUGCAAUGGUGGCCAUGGUUGAGGUGCAGCUGGAAGUUCAAUACAGUUACCCUCGUCUGCUUCUCAUCGCCUUCAGUGUGUGCACCACCAUCCUGGUGGCAGUGCACCUCUUUGCUCUGCUGAUCAGCACCUGCAUUCUUCCUAAUGUGGAAGCUGUCAGCAACAUCCACAACCUCAACUCCGUCAGCGAGUCGCCUCACGAACGCAUGCACUACUACAUCGAGCUGGCCUGGGGCUUCUCCACGGCCUUGGGGAUCCUGUUGUUUUUAGCAGAAGUGGUGCUCCUCUGCUGGAUCAAGUUCUUGCCUGUAGAAUCUGGCAAGAUCAAAAAGACAACUACCACAUCAGCCACCCCUCUGGAAACCACCACCCCCUCGCAGCAGAACCCCGGCUGGCAGGCUGCCCUGGCCUCCACCAUCAUCAUGGUCCCGGUGGGGGUGAUUUUUGUGGUGUUCACCAUUCACUUCUAUCGCUCUCUGGUUCGCCACAAGACAGAGCGCCACCACCAGGAGAUCGAAGAACUGCACAAGAUUAAGGUGCAGCUGGACGGCCACGAGAGAGGACUCCAGAAUGUCUGAAGACAUGACGGCAGCUUUAAUGACUUCACUUUGUCUCAUAUAUUUAUCAAACCCUCUCUCCCUUUUCUAAAAUGUAUUCUGGUCACUUUUAAUACCUUGGACAUGUCAGCAGUGAGCUUUAAAGUGUUGCAGUGCCGACAACCAAUGUGUUCCAGACUGCUAAUUUAUUCUUAUGGUGAAAUUGUAUUGUAGGAUUUGUGCAGUGACUUUUUUCUGUGCUUUCAAUCUUUAAUCUGUGCUGAUGAAAGGUCAAGUUAAAAGGUUUACAGAAAAAAAGGGCUAUUAAGUUCUGUGUGCCAUUCUUGCUAUAUCUCUGUUUUCAUGUUAGGGUUGGGAGCUGGUGAUGAUUCCAUUGUUGCAAUGUUUGUUCAGUCUGAGAAUGACUCAUUUUUUUGGAAUCUCUUAUAAGUCCUCACUUAAUGGCAUAAAAGUAACCAAUAAUUCUCAAAAAGUUAUUCUGAUUAAGCUUUGUUUAUCAUCUUGCCUUAAGUAAUUUGCCAUAAUGUAAUGUGGCUUUUGUUUGAUUAUUGUCUUUUCUGAAAACUGGUCUCUAUGCUCAGCUUUAUUUAGGCAUAACUGUGACAGAGAGAGCCAUAGCGUGCAGUAUUUGUCAUGCAAAGUGUAACGAUGCUUUUGAAUGUUCAGCUUUUCCUACUGUUGUUACUGAAAACAUGUUUCUUUAUGCAUCUGUACCAUCCCUCCCACACAGAUGCCAUUUUGUGGGAGGGAUCAUUAUAUUAAUCGUCGUAUACGUAACAUUAUAAUGAGCCGAGCUACUCACAAAGGUGAAAGAGAUGCUCAUAAUCCUGUGACGCGGUUAUCAUAUUGACCAAGGUUUUACUUCACUUGAAGAUGACCCAUUUAGGUGCCAUCAGAUUCAAGUUAAAGAAUGUGUGUCUGAAAGGGGUCUGAGUCUCAAUCCAGAGUGGAAAAAUUCUACUUUAGAGAGAGGUUUGUAGAAGGUCUUUGAUGUCAAUUAUGGAAUUGGUCAGUUUACCUUUUUUUAAUUAGUUGUACCAAGUUAAGG